GCUGGACCAGUGCUUUGACGGUGCCCGACGGAAAUCUGACAUUACUGAGUCUAUGGCGCCAUCUUGCGGAUCUGAAAAUGAAACAAAAGGGGAACAUAUACAAAGAUGUCGGACAGGAACGAAACCACAUUCCACGCCGCUCACUUUGAAAUGGCUAGAGGAGAACUACGAAGUUGCUGAAGGUGUGUGCAUCCCGAGGAAUGCACUGUACAUGCAUUACCUGGAUUACUGCAGUAAAAAUGAUACACAACCGGUGAACGCCGCCAGCUUCGGUAAGAUAAUCCGCCAGCAGUUUUCGCACAUCACUACACGACGUCUUGGGACACGCGGCCAAUCAAAAUACCAUUAUUAUGGAAUUGGUGAAGAAACUUCCCAUUAUUACGAUGCUAUGUAUUCUGCCAAAAAUGUCCAAGGGUAUGGAAACGGCAAACGUGAGACGUCGAGACAGGAUGUUCCCUAUCUGCAGAUUAUGGCUUUCUCUCCUAGGUCGAAAUUGGGCACAUUACUUCCAGACUUUCCUGAUAUCAAGGAUUUAAAGUUGCCUCCGAACGUGCCAGAAGACAAAGUAUUGACAUUUCUCAUGAUGUACCGAACACACUGCCAGCGCAUCCUUGACACGGUCAUCCGGGCAAAUUUUGACGAGGUCAGUGAUACCGUCCAUCUGAAUCGGGAAAUACUGCCAAAUAUUCAAAGUUUUCUGGUACAUUUCUGGCAAGGGAUGCCUCAACACUUAUUGCCAUUGUUAAACAUCAAUGCUAUCGUAACUCUGGUGGGAGUCUGUGAUUCAAUUUUAUAUAAAGCAAUAGCUAGCGUUCUUAUGCCGUCUGUGUUACAAGCUUUACCGGAAAGUUUGACUCAAGUUAUACGGAAGUUUGCUCGUCAGUUAGACGAUUGGCUGAACUAUGCAUUAUAUUCCUUGCCGGAAAAUCUGUGUAAAGUAAAAUUUGAUCUUGCAAGGCGUUUUUGUCAGUUAUUGCGGCGGCAGACAUCUUUAAACCACUUGUGUCAAGCUGCUCGAACGGUCACACAAAACAGAGAGAUUACAAGUCAAAUGUCUGAAGAUUGGCUAAACAUUGACCUCAAUUCUAUAGUAAAACAAACCCUCUACACUAUGGACCACUACAGCGAGAAAGAUCACAAGACGAUUGCGAAUUUGUGCCGAGAAUUUGAGCGUCUGCUCGAAGACCAAGCUCCCGUUGAAUGCUACCUAGAAUGGUUAGACACUAUGGUGGACAGGUGUGUUGUCAAGCCAAGUAAGAAGCAAUCAGGAAGUCUUAGAACUGUGGCCAGACAAUUCCUCUUAAUGUGGUCAUGUUUUGGAACACGAGUCAUUCGGGACAUGACUUUACAAAGUUCGCCGAGUUUUGGUUCAUUUCACCUGCUGCAUCUUAUGUUUGAUGACUAUGUUCUCUACCUGGUAGAAAAUCUCCAUUGUCAGGAAAGAGCCAGUGAAUUUUUACGUAAUAUCCGCCAAGGAGACACAUCAAUAGUUGAUUUCGGGGAAGAACUCAUGCCGAGUUCCUUAAAUUUCAACGACGGCUUAUCAUCACAGUCUGGAAACAUGACGCCCCCUGUCGGCAACAGUGUACAGCGUCCUAUGGAAAGAUGCUCGGUUAUUACAAACGGCAGGGAUGUGAUGAGUCAAGUAGGAGACUAUUCCUGUCAACGUAAUGUCAACGAAGUGUCUCAUGUGAAUCAAAGUCACAGUCCUGUCCACGAUAAUUCGCAACCUGUCACUAUAAAGUCUGCCUAUUCGCCAGCUGCUGAUUCCAGCCGAUCAAAUUCCAGCAAUCCCAGCAUGCAACCCUCCACACAGAAUACACUUCCGGUCACACCUGUCAACCAUAUUUCCAGUUGCAGUCCUACGUAUCAGCAAUGUCAGUCGUAUCACAUGGCCUACGGACAGACAUUAACCAAUCAGCAUCCAGUAAACAUGGACACGCAAAACUCACAUUCUAUGUACAGCUACGAUGUUUCAUCACAGUACCCACGACACUACUUGUCAGCGGCAGCAGCCUCAGUGGCGCCACCAACAGAACCCAUCAAAACCAAUGUGACGUCAUUGACGCCAACAAAUCGUCAGAAUGUGCUGAGCAGCGGAGCAGCUGCAGAAUGGCCGGCAGACUCAACGGCCACUGGUUCAAAUAGAUACAACACUCCAGUGAUGACUCAUGAAAGUGUUUUACGCAAUAACGACAACACCAGUUACACAGCCUAUCAGACGAUGAGAACACCAUCGGCCACCUACGAUUACUCCACAUACACCUAUCCAGAUAAUUACAGUCGGGCGGCUGCUGUUACCGUGGUUCCAAACACGACACCCACCCCCGACGCCGUCUCUCCGCACGUCUAUCAUCCGCACCAUCACCAGCAUCACCAACAACAUCACCAACAACAACAGCAGCAGCAGCAGCAACAACAGCAGCCUACAAGUUACGAUGGCAACGCGCAUAUGAACAGCAGCAGCAGCGGCGCUCACAAUAACGCCAACAGCAGCAACAGCAACAGCAGAAGCAGCAGCAGCAACAGCAACAUCAGCAACCACAGCGGCAGCAACAACAACAACACGAGCAACACCAACGCCAACACCACCAACAGCAGCUAUUACGAUGAUAGCAGCCGAGUCGAUUACUGCGGCACAACAAAGCGGAAGUACGAUUCACACCAGGACACAUUUUCCCGCCACUACAAACGCUACAACCGUGAACAAUAUCCUUAUCAAGUAACUUCCGGUGGUUACAUGUAAGACACGUCUCGAUUCUGGCGCCAAAAGGUGUUUUGUCUUAUCUAAUCUCGACUCUAGAAUUUCGAUUUCUACAUCGAGAACGGUCCGUCCACAGAAGUCAUUUAUUAUCCAUGCUUGAAUAGGGAAGUGAAACUGCAGUUUGCACUUGUGUUUGAUGUAUAUAUCACUGCAUUGUACGUGUGUGUAUGCAUGCAUGUUAUGUAUAUAUGUUUUACAUGUGUAC